AUGCCCGGUGGUCAUCAUUCGAUUUCUUACGGCGGUGUACGCAACAGAUUGAGGAUUGCACCGACAGUUGAAACAGUCGACGUAUCCGGCCAGCCUGGACGCUGUGAAGGUUCUGUGAUUCCACACCUGGUUGGGCCUGGAUCUCCGAGUGCCCCAGCGCUCUUUUGUUUCGGAUCGCAGCUCGUUAUUUUCCGGAUCUACAAAUCAAAUCUUCAGGACCGAAGGUGUUCGCACGAGGUCACUCCUGCCAGCCUUGCCAUCCACGAGGAAUUCCAGCUUGCUCGGCAGCAUUCUUCGAGAGACGGACUGCUGAGACGUUUGGCGCUGUGGACGGUUGGACGUGGAUGGACACACGGAAAAUCAGAGUGGUAUCCGUCCCUGUGUAUCUACGGCGUGGCAGUAACCGAGGUAAAGGUAGCCAAUCCUUUACGCCGACGUGCUUCUUCGGUCUUCCGGCCCCACAGCACGUCUGGUCCCCUUCGAGUUCUUCGACCCCCCUUGGCGUCCAGUCCUUUUCAUUUCCAUGUUGUGGUCGGGUGUGCCACCAUUGGGGGCACCCUCUGUCUAGCCAUGGCAAUGAUUCUUGGUCUUGUCAUCUUGUGUCGAAAUGACGACGAGACAGAUGUCAUGACCGUCAACAUUGCUCCUUCUUCCCAGUUGAGCCAGUCAGCCAGUCUUCCAUCGUGA